CUAGCUAACCAGACUAUGAGGGUAGUGCGACUACGUACGUUACGGUUUAGAACCACCUUACAUGUAGCUAUCAUUAUUGCUGGAGUGUACUGCUUAAGCACCAUCUGGUCCAGUUCAAGAAGUCAUCGAUCGUCAGUGACUCUGUCCAGUAGUUGGAUGUCUUUGAGACACAGGAGAUUUGACGAAUAUCAGCGGAGCGAGGGACGCCGGUCUGGCCCCGGGGAACACGGCGAGCCCGUGUAUUUGAAGGGACAAGAACAAAUAAGGGCAAAGGGACUGAUGAAAGCCGAGGCGUUCAACAGGAUCGUUAGUGACAAGAUAUCCUUACAACGAGCCUUGCCGGAUACGCGUGAUCCCAGAUGUAAAGACCUAAAGUACCCGAAAGAGUUGCCGUCCGCCAGUGUGGUCAUCAUCUACCACAACGAGGCUUGGUCGCCGCUGCUGCGCACGGUGCACAGUGUCAUCAAUCGGUCGCCGCCGCAGUAUCUACACGAGGUUGUCCUUCUUGACGACUUCAGCGACAAACCCCAUUUAAAAGAAAAAUUGAAGGAGUAUGUGACUUCCACAUGGCCAGAUGGCAUAGUGAAAAUGGCGAGAACAACAGAACGAAGCGGUCUAAUUCGCGCCAAAAUAGAGGGAGCCAAGGUGGCUACUGGUGACGUCAUAAUAUUCCUAGACUCUCACUGUGAGGCAGCCAACGGGUGGUUGGAACCAAUUCUUGCCAGAAUCAAAGAGAAUCGCAAGACAAUCAUCUGUCCAAUUAUUGAUGCUAUUAAUGACAAUACGUUGGAGUAUUCUAAAAAUGGCGGAUACAAUAUUGGUGGGUUUUCCUGGCACAUGCACUUCACGUGGCGGGACAUACCAGAAAGAUUACGGAUCAACCGAAAUUAUACGGAUCCAAUAGAGUCGCCCACUAUGGCCGGGGGUUUACUGGCCGUAGACAGAGAGUAUUUCUUUGAGAUCGGCGCAUAUGACCCAGGAAUGAAGGUCUGGGGCGGAGAAAACCUGGAGAUUUCUUUUAGAGUUUGGAUGUGCGGUGGUAGACUGGAAUUUUUACCAUGUUCCAGAGUUGGACACAUUUUCAGAUCAAGUCAUCCGUACACAUUUCCAGGUAAUGAAGACACACAUGGGUUAAAUUCCGCCCGAGUUGCUGAUGUGUGGAUGGACCACUACAAGGAAUUGUUCUACAGCAAACGUAAAGACCUACUGAAGAAAGACCACGGUGACGUUUCAGAAAGAAAAGCAUUAAGAGAAAAACUUGGGUGUAAAGAUUUCAAGUGGUUUUUAGACAACGUGUAUCCUGAGAAGUUUGUAAUAAACGAACACAGUAAAACGUGGGGUUUGAUUCAAAACGAACCAUCCGACCUAUGUUUCGACACGCUAGGCAAAGACAUGCAUGAAGACUAUAACGUUGGUUUAUAUUCUUGUCUGCACGGGAAAAGCUCAAAUCAGAUAUUUGCCUACACUAAAAAGGAUGAAUUAAGGAGAGAGGACGGCUGCCUGGAUACUGGACCUAAUAAUAGUGUCCGGAUGUUGUUAUGCGAUAAAAAUAAACCGUCAAUGAAGUGGAAUUACAAUAAGGAGAAUGGCGCUCUAAUAAACCAGGUCACCAAAAUGUGUUUGGAGAAAGGAAACGAGAAAAAGACAAUGAUUGUCAUCGUGAACACGUGCAAUGGAAACGACUCUCAAAAAUGGAAAUUUAUAGCCAUUUAGUUAAAUUUCGUAAAAUAUA